UCUCAUCAAGUCCGCCUUUAUCUUUUUCAUCUUGUGUUUUUUCUUUGCUUUUCUGUCUGCUUAAAGCCUGACUCUUCAAAAAGUCUUUCCCUGUGUAACCUGGUCAUGGAGGAAACCCCAAACAGUGGGUCAUCAGAAGAUAUUAACAGAUCUCAAACUAAUCUAGGUUCACUCAGCUGGGGCCUAGAUGUUAGCACGCCCAGUGUCAGCCAGGAAAUUACUGCAGGCGGUUCUUUGCUUUUCCAUGGGGCAGAGCAAACCUCAAGUGAAUCCAUGGGUACUCUGCCUGCUAGUGUUUGGCCUGCAGUAGGUGAGCAGGAGGAUUCUGCACCAGGGUCAGCUUCUGUAAACGAAAACCAGAGGACUUCACUGGAGGACCAGUUGGAUGCCAAAAAUGUCCCGUGGGAAGAUGUGGUGACCAAUCAGCCUUUAGAGAACAUAACCAGUUUUGAGACACCCAUCCUGGGAACUGAUAGCUUGUUGGAUGAACCCCUCCCAUGUGAUGUGCAAAAGGCAGAGGAAGAGCGUGAGGAAGACGAGUGGGCAGGUGUCAAGCCAAGUGAAAAGGUAGAGACCGGAGCUAACUACAAGGAGGUAGAAGGUACAGAGGAACUGGAAGAGCGAGGUUGUGAAACCAAAGGAAACAGUGAGGCAGAAUUUCACGAGGGUUUAGCAAAAUCAGAUCUUGAAGUUUUAGUCAGCACAGAGGUAGAAAAUUUACAUGUGCUUGAAGAUGAUGAUGGGAAUACUGGGAGAGCUAGUGGUGCUAACCUAGAAAACCCUAGAGAAGAAGAAUUCAAACAGGUCCGUGUCACUGAGGAGACAGAUGGAGAAAUACCAUUGUUGAGCACAGGGCUGGAAAGUGCAGACAAGGUAUUAGUGUACAACUGUAAAACUAUAGAAAGCACUGACACUGAACCUGAGAGAAUCCUUGCUGUCUGGGAUCAGGACCAUGAAAGAAUAUCUGAGGGUGCCUUAGACCAAGCUGACAGUGGUGCUGGUGAGAAUACAUCCACAGAGUGUAUAAACAUGAGGGCACGUGCUGACCUACAGAUAACUGACCACACAGAAAAGUACUCUACAGAUACUGUGAGCAAUCUGUGUCACGCUGAAUUAUUCAGUGCAGAAGAGUCUGGUAAAGGAACUGAAGACAACAGCAUCAGCCACCUCCCAAAUGGUAGUUCUGGUACUGAAGGUCAAGCUGCUGCUGGAAACCAGUGGGCAUUGCAGCCCAAGACAGCUGAUGCUGUUAGCACAAGCUGUGGUAAUCCUUGCCUAGAUAAUGCAGAAGACCAAGUGACAGAUAGCCAAGCCAAUGGACUGGAUAAUUGGCCCUUUUUCCCCAAACAGCAAGGCUCAGAUGAAGGUAACAUGGAAAAUAUUUGGUUGGGCAUUAGUAAUAAAUGGUCUACAGAAGACUUAGGUACUGAUAACAGCUGGGGAGAAGUAGGUGGAAGCACAGGUGAUAAAAUUCAGGAGACACCAGUAAAACAAGGUCAUCCUGGGGAGCAGGCAGGCAUUAACAAUCCUGGACCGAGCAAGGAGAUAGCUAGACCCUUGGCUCUGUUUCAAAUGGGAAAUUCCAGAAAUGCUAGCACCGAGAGUUCAACUAGUCCUAAAGACAAUGAGACCAACAACUCAGAUUUAUCUGAAGAUGAAAUUGCUAACCGGAGAUAUGGAUUGUUGUACCAGGAAAUUGAGGCUGAUAAAGAAGAGGUACCUACCCCAGUGUGUAGCCUAGUCUAGACAAAGAGUUCCUUAGGCCAUGCAUAACCUUGUCUUUUAAAAACAUUCCAUUUGUGUGUUUCCCACUGCCCUCCCUAAGCCUGUGCUAUUCUUUUUUUGAAAAACUGCCUUGCAACUGUUCAUAGUGUGGUGCCCUUCAGCCGUGUAAUGAAGCAGG